AUGAAAAGAAAAAAGAGAGAGACAGACACUUGUCUUAAUUAUGACCUCAUUGAGCUCAGAAACAAGUGCGAGGAAGGUCGCUUCAGUCCAGCAAGGAUAAAAAAGACAGGACAUGAGGACACCAAAGGUUAUAUUAUCAAUGAAGCGGAGGAGGAGGGGAGAGGCUGCAGGUCUGGUGGCCAGUCAGCUCCAAGGUUCAGAGCUUUGAACAACAUGGAAGAAACCACCUUUCCAUUCAUUUCAUUUCAUUUCAAUGACUAUACAACUGAUGACAUUCCACAGGUUCAGGAUAUAGACCCAAACGUUUACCAGGCAGUAAAAAUUGUCACUAUCUUUAUGUUUAGUGUAACCUUUCUCCUAGGGGUCACUGGAAAUGGCUUGGUUAUCUGGACUGCAGGAUUCAAAAUGGAGAAGUCGGUCAACAUCAUCUGGUUCCUCAACUUGGCCAUCGCAGAUUUCGCUUUUGACGUCUUCCUCCCGCUUCAGAUCACAGAGUGGGUCAUGGACAGUCAUUGGCCCUUUGGUCAGUUUAUGUGCAAAGUGAUUUUUACGGCUCUCUUCCUCAACAUGUCUGUUAGCACCACCUUCCUGAUGAUCAUCAGCCUUGACCGCUGUACAUCUGUUAUGUGCCCGGUGUGGUCAAAAAACCACAAGACCCUCAAGAUGGCUACGUCAGUCUCCAUUCUUAUCUGGACGGCCUGUUUUAUAUUCAGCACGCCGUACCUUGCUUUUUUUGACACUAUUCAUGACUCUGACAGUAAUAUUUCAUACUGUCUCCCCAUGUAUUCAGAUGAUGACCGCGUAGACGAAGAGCGGUACAAAGCCAUGCUCAUUACCAGAUUUGUCACCAUGUUCCUCAUCCCGUUUUCUAUUAUCGUAACAUGCUACAGCCUUAUCGUAAUUCGACUGAGAAGAAGGAAAAGUCUUUCUACUUAUGGCCAUUCAUAG